UGUGUGUGUGGUGGGGGGUCUAUACCGGAGGGAAAUUGGCCAGCUGGUGGUCAGAGGGUCAAAAUGUUUUUCUUAUUCAACCACACUGCAAUGUAAAGAGAACUCAUGCACAGGAAGCCUUGAAACGCAUGGAGGGAGUGAGCAGCAAACUAAAAAGACCACGCCUGCCAUUGCUCGCAGCUGAGUGCACGUAUGAUCUGCUCAUGACUGCAUGCAGCACUUCCUCGCCUAACUGGGUGGACUGCGUCUUGACUUCUGGAGGGGCAGAAUGUCACGACGGGAUCAGAGAUUUAGGAAAGGAGUCAAAGGGUGGUGCUGUGAGUGUGACUGCAUCCUGUCUCACUGGUACUAUGAAAGGGAGGGUCAACUCUUCUGCAAGAAACACUACUGGUCCCGCUUUGGAGAACACUGCCACGGCUGCAAGGAGACCAUCUUGACAGGACUCAUCAUGGUUGCUGGAGAACAAAAGUACCAUCCUGAGUGUUUCACCUGCGUAAACUGUGAAAUGGUCAUUGGAGAUGGAGACACGUACACGCUUAUUGAACGAUCCAAACUGUACUGUGGCCACUGCUUCUGUCAGGGUGUGGUAACAGAUGGGAGGUCAAUUCUUACCAAGAGGCCCCACAUGGUGGCGCUGGUCACUCUCCCUCCCCAUGGAAGGAAAGGCCUGACUUUUGCAGUUGACUUGAAUCAAGACACAGGACCUCUCAUCACAGUAACACAGUUAGACUCAACUGUCCUCAGUCCUGACCUGUUGUCUUCAGUUCAAGAAGGUGACAAAGUCCUGGAAGUCAACGGCAUUCCCGUCCAGAAUGUUUCUCCAGAUGAGAUAAACCGAGUGAUUCAAGACACAAACAGACCUCUGCAGCUGACCAUUGAACAUAAUCCACCACCUUAUCAUGAUGACCUUCAACCAGGCAUUCCUGCAGAAAACAUGAGCUCGCCUUCACCCCGCAUCCAAGACAAGCUUUCUUCCAAGCUUCCCAGUCUGGAGGAAGAACCAACUCCUCAUGAAGAAGCAGAGGAGCAGAAGACAAGACUCUCACCGCCUCAGCCACAAGGAGCCACAGGGAUGCGAUCCAGACUCAUUCUGCGCAGCUGCAGUAUCGACAAGUGUCCACUGUCCCCCAGAGCUCUGUCCCUUUUAUCUCAAAGGAAGGACAUGGUUCGCUCUGAGUCUCUCAGAGUGGACCCCGGAGAACGGACGCAUCGCAUCUUCAGACCUUCAGACCUGAUCCAUGGAGAAGUGUUGGGCAAAGGCUGCUUUGGACAAGCUGUCAAGGUAACACAUCAAGAAACGGGAGAGGUGAUGGUGAUGAAAGAGUUGAUACGCUUUGAUGAAGAGACACAGAGGACAUUCCUGAAGGAGGUGAAGGUGAUGCGCUGCCUUCAUCAUCCCAAUGUUCUCAAGUUCAUUGGACUGUUUUAUAAAGACAAGCGAAUACACUUUGUCUCUGAAUAUAUUCAGGGGGGAACACUCCGAGAAGCUAUCACAAAAAUGGACCAGGACUUUUCCUGGACUAUAAGAGUUGGUUAUGCCAAAGAUAUUGCAGCUGGAAUGGCAUAUCUGCACUCCAUGAAUGUUAUCCAUCGAGAUCUGAACUCGUUCAACUGUCUGGUCAGAGAGAAUCAUUCUGUGGUGGUAGCAGACUUUGGACUUGCCAGGCUGGUGAUGGAGGAGAAGAAUCAGAGCAGGACAUCUUCUCUAGAACGACCUGCAAAGGGGAACCUUUCAGAGCUGCGGAGACCAGACCGACGAAAACGAUACACAGUGGUGGGAAACCCUUACUGGAUGGCCCCUGAGAUGAUCCACGGGAAAAGCUAUGAUGAACGGGUGGACAUAUUUUCUUUUGGAAUCAUGAUUUGUGAGAUUAUUGGUCGAGUGAGUGCCGAUCCUGAUUACCUUCCCCGAACGAAUGACUUUGGACUCAAUGUCCCAAGUUUCCUGCAGCAGUAUUACCCUCCUGAGUGCCCCUCUGCCUUCCUGCCCCUGGCUGCUCUCUGCUGUGACAUGGAUGCUGAUAAACGUCCCUCGUUUUCAAAGCUGGAGGAGUGGCUGGACAACGUAGUGAUGCACCUGAACAUCGGUCUGCCUUUGCUCUCUGAGUUAGAGCAGCUCUGUCGGGCCUUCUGGAAGGAUUAUGACCACCUAAACCUCACUCCAAACCAGGAUGUGACUGAACAUCAGAAACUUUGCUCACAGACGGAAGAACAAACCAACAGUGCUGAACAUUGCACAGAAAAUACAAACAAUAACACAGAGUCUUACCUUUUAACUCUAAGCCAAAAUUCAAAUAUCCCACUUGAAAGUCAUUCAAAUGGGAAUCUGGAGAGACAUAGUGAUCUCAACAAUGUGAGGAAUGGAUCAAAGGACUCAAAUCUCUUGUCCCUAAAGAUCACAGACUCAGGCCAGAGUGAGUGUGACACCUGUGAGACGAUGAAUAACUCCACAGCUACACCAGAAUCUCAGCAGGAGUCCUCCGAGCCUCAGCAGGUCAAAGGCCACACCACUCUGAGUCGGUCAAGCAGGCCCAGAAGGGUGUGCAGAGUUCUGUGGGACAAGCCCCCAGAAGACACCUCUGUCCCCUGACUCCUCAUCAAAAACCUUUAGUGAAGACUUUGUGCCUUUUUCAACAAUUGGGAGUCCGUUAUCAAUCUGUGGGUGAAUGCAGGAAAAUCCUGCAGAAUACGUCUAAAAUGUGGCUAAGUAGAAAGAAAUGAUUGCGGCUUCAUACUGCUUGUGGGAAAAAAAGAGCCUUUUGUUUCGUUUUUAGGUUUAAUAAGAAAGAUUUUAGCAAAAAGAGCCAAAACAGUUUGAAGACUUCAGUAGAGUAUUUUAAGACUUUCCGUGUUUAUUUUAUUUAUUUAUUUAUUAACAGCCUGUCCUCACGUCAAAUUCAAUCUGUCAAGUUUAGCAAUUGCUCUCUAAUUUCAUCCAUGCUUUAGACGGCUGUGAAAUGCGUGUCUUGUUAUUCCAUCAUCUGUGCUGCAUUUAUUAGAAUGUGCUUGUGUACUUUUUGCCAGAAAAUGUUGGAAUUGAUCCAACGCUGAGCUGUGAAACAGUUACUGAACUGUAAAUGAUACAAUAGAGAGAAAACGGAUGACUUGAGCCAGUUCAUAGCAGAGUUUAGGGUGGAAAAGUUUCAAGGCAAAUGACAAAUUAAAGAAAAAAAUCCAGGAUGGAUUUGAAUAUUGUCAACUUAUUGACCAGUCUGACCUCAGAUAAUAUUUGCAACUGUAAUUAUUGUCUGUUAUAUUUUGGUGUCUUUUUCGCUCUAUGAAAGAAGGAUCGUGAAAAGAAGCAAAAGUUGUAUAUGGUUUUUAUUUACUAACAAAUUAUACCUAAUUGAUUGAUGAAAUCCUUGUUUUGUACCUUGCAGAGUAUAAAGGCAGAUCCUUUCACAAUACAAAACGUUUAUUUUCAUAUAAGAAGUCGAGGGGAACUUAAGGUCUCGAUCAGGGCUGCAACUAUUUGUCCUGUUGACAACAUUUACAAAAAAAGUUUGACAUAGAUCUCAAGUA